CCUCGUGCAGCAACAUGAGUCUGGACGAAGACGCCCGCUGGCUGGAGUGGGUCACCAGACAGUUUGAGAGCAUCGCCGGAGACGACAAGGAGAUCGACAUCGACGAGUUUAAAACAGCCUUAAAGGUCAAAGAGUCUUUCUUCGCCGAGCGUUUCUUCGCGCUCUUCGACUCUGAUGGCAGCGGCUCCAUCAGUCUGGACGAGCUGUUGGAAGCUCUCAACCUCCUGAUCCAUGGCAGCGAGACGGACAAACUGCACUUCCUGUUCCAGGUGUACGACGUGGACGGCAGCGGCUCCAUCGACCCCGAUGAGCUGCGGACGGUCCUGAAGUCGUGUCUGCGUGAGAGCGCCAUCUCUCUGCCGGAGGAGAAGCUGGAUGACCUGACCCUGGCGCUGUUUGAGUCGGCCGAUAAAGACAAUAGCGGCUCCAUCACCUUCGAAGAGCUCAAGGCCGAGCUGGAGAACUUCCCCGAGGUGAUGGAGAACCUCACCAUCAGCGCUGCUAACUGGCUGAAGCCUCCGGAUGUGGACCAGAAGAAGCGGCAGGCUCCUCGCUACCUGACGCGAGCCUAUUGGCUGAACAACAGCAGGAAGCUGUUCUUCCUCUUUCUGUACGCCUGCGUCAACCUGCUGCUCUUCAUCACCGCUGUGCUGCAGCACAGUCGUCAGGGGGGGGGGCUGUACAUGCUGGCCAAGGGCUGCGGACAGUGUCUCAACUUCAACUGCACCUUUAUCAUGGUUCUGAUGCUGCGGCGCUUCCUCACCUGGCUGCGGGCCACCUGGGUAGUGAGGGUUCUUCCUCUGGACCAGAACAUCCUGCUGCACCAGAUCGUGGGCUACGUCAUCCUCUGCUUCACGCUGGUGCACACCACCGCACACUUCUGUAACUUCGUGCGACUGUCAGAGAGCAGUGAGUACCGGCUGUGGGAGUACCUGCUGACCACGCGGCCGGGGAUCGGCUGGGUGAAAGGGACAGCCUCGCUGACGGGGAUCGUCCUGCAGGGGGCCAUCGGCCUCAUGGUGCUCUGCUCCAGCACCUUCGUACGACGCAGCGGACACUUUGAGGUGACAGGAAGCUGA